AUGACGCGCCACAGGCAUUUGGCGCUGCACAUCACCACCCUGGCCGGCCUGUCCGCCAUUCUCCCGGGCACGGCGGGGCCUUCCGGCGCCGUGGCGAUCGAGGACCUCGAUAUGGAGGACGUACCGUCCGAGUGCGUGCAGGCGUGCGCGCCCAUCGUGCAGCUCACGGGGCGGUGUGAGGUGGAGGCGGAGCAGCAGUUCGGGACGGACCGGAGAUGGAUCGGACAACGACAGGUGGUCGAUAGCUUAGGAACAGAGACACGGAGACGAAGAGGCAAGAGGAGGUUGCUACAUAUGAUGCUGGGUACACGGCUGAGUGGGAGACAGGAUGGAGAGGAGGAAGAUGAACGCGACGAUAGCGAUGAUAGCGAUGAUGAAGAGGAGACGCUGCAGACGCGUCCAGAUUUUGGAAACGCCGGAGAGACGGAGCGAAAUAGGGCAGCCAGUUCGGCGAUGAGGGCUUGUGUUUGCGGGGAGAGGGAUUUCGAUGUUGCUGGGGCCGCAUUUGGAUGCGCGAGGUGCGUUGCACAGAACGGGACGGCUGUUGAGGCCAGCGAGGGUCAAUAUCCGGCAAAUCAUCGCCGAGUGCGGCUUCGUCGCCGCGUCGGAUCCUCCGAUGCUAACGACGACAACGACAACGACCGCGCCACCGCCAGUAGUACUCGCGCCUGCGAUAAGCACACUGCCGCCGGCGUUUCUGGCGUCAGCCGAGCCGUCUAUAUUCAGCACAAUAACGUCUCCAUCAACGACCCCACCGCCGGCUGUUGGUCCGACUACGCAGUCCUCUGCGCCGCCGCCAGUACGGACGGAGCCUUCUGGAGCUCUGACCUCUUCGACACCGCCUUUGGCAGAAGCAUCUUUAACGCGGAGUUCCAGAUCGAUCACACCCGUCACGGUGUUCGAGACACCUUCGUUCAGCGCGCUGCCACCUAUCGUCUUGCCCGACGAUAUCUCGACCACGCCCCCUGUAUUGGAAGGAAACCAAAUGAGCGGUACCGCGAGGGCGUCAGGGGUCUUUGGUGA